CUAGCCUUCCCAAAAUCCCACAGCUUCUCUUUUUAAAACAGUGAUACUUCUCUUCCAAAAAUAACCCUGACACCUCACCAUAACUACCCCCAUAUAUAAGAACCAACAAUCCCGCGUAUUUUAAAACUCUCUCCUCACUCUCUAAACUGAAGCAGUUUUAAUGGAGGAAUUGUUUCAGUACAUGAAGACGCUGCGCUCUCAUAUCAACGAUGUGGCGGAUCACGCAGCUAAAAUGUCAGUGGAAGAGCAUAUGCAGAGCACUACUAUUGAGAAUCUCCAAAAGGAUCUCGAUUCAGUGAGGAAUAAUACUAAGCAAGUCAAGGAAGAAGCUGAUCGGAUAGCUAGAGCCAAGGGGGAGAUCUGCUUGAAGAUUCUGGAAAAACAGAGGAAAAUUGCUUCUCUUGGAGCUGAUUUUUACACUCUAUGUAAGACUUUGGAGCUAAUGCAGCAGGAAAGACUGAGCCUCUCAGCUAAACUUGUGGACCGAAGUGCACACUAUAAGAAUCUUACUGAGGAUCUCAGUGGACAGCUAUAUGAACAACAGAAGUGGGUCAAAACUCAAAAUGUUGGCUCAACAACCAGAGAUGACUUGGUAAAUGAAAAUAACGAUGGAAUAAAAGAUUUCCCUGAUGGUGUGGACCAAAGCAUUAUGAAGGAUUUUCAAGCUGCUAAGGCUAAGUUUGAUGAAAUAAAGCAGCUAAAAUCAAAUCUUGUUUUGGAGAAUACUAAGCUGAAGCAGUCUGUUGAACUAGUGAAGGCUAAAAUGACGGACUUUAAGCCAGAACUUAGGGACAUGAGUGAGAAAAGCUUGGAAGAGGAGAUUCAGGCACUCUUAUCCGAUAAAUCUGGAGAAGCUGAGUACGUGCAAUCCCUUGAACUUCAGAUUAUGAGAUUGAAAGAAAUCUCACACAAAGUAAGGUGCUCAUGUGGUGAGGAAUACAACGUUAAGCUGGAUUAAUGGGUUCGGAAGGUGGCAAAGAAAGAAGGAAAUUCUAAAGAUGUAUCUUUCAACAUAUUCUUAGCAUGUAUAGACUAUCAAAUAUGCGACAUGGUUGGUGCAGACAAACAGAAACCUGGAAAUACAAAUAUCAUUAUGUGCGCCUUCUAUCUAGUCUUGAUUUAAGCGAUA